AUGUCUUCAGUGGGGCCUAGCGGAUCGGGUCGCGGCAGAGGCAGGGAUCAGAAGGCGGACAAGGAGUCGAGGACGAACCUGAAGAUGUCGAAGGCAUCAAUGGCCACGUCGGCGAAGAGGAUCCAGAAAGAGCUCGUGGAAAUCAAUCUGGACCCACCUCCAAAUUGCAGUGCCGCACCAAAGAAGGAGAAGAACUUGUACCACUGGGUGGCUACGAUUAUGGGCCCGUCGGGGUCGGUCUACGAGGGUGGUGUGUUCUUCUUGGACAUACACUUCUCGCCAGUGUACCCGUUCAAACCGCCGAAAAUCACGUUCAAGACGAGGAUCUACCAUUGCAAUAUCAACUGUCAGGGCUUGAUUUGUUUGGAUAUAUUGAGCGAUAAUUGGUCGCCCGCCCUCACCAUUUCCAAAGUUCUGCUAUCCAUCAGCUCUUUGUUAGCUGACUGCAAUCCAGAGGAUCCAUUGGUGACGAGUAUAGCCACGCAGUAUCUUCAGAACCGCAAAGAGCACGAUAGCGUCGCCCGAAAGUGGACCAAACGUUAUGCUAUGUAA